GUGAACGCUCGCCAACUUCCUGUUCUGUGUCUCCAGAAACCUGCAAGCAGGCGAUAAACUGCUCCAAGAUGAACGUUCUCGCUAAGCUGCCAUCCUCCUACGGAUAUGUGAUAUUAAUUUACCUAUACAGCUGGAUUAUGCUGGGUUAUUUGGCAGCAAAGGUUAUCGGGGCCCGGAAGAAAUACAAAGUGAAGUAUCCCGCAAUGUACAGCGACAAGGACCAAAUGUUCAACUGCAUCCAGAGAGCCCACCAGAACACAUUAGAGGUGUACCCACAGUGGCUCGUUUUCCAAACAAUCGCAGCCCUUGUGUACCCGUUAAUUGCAUCUGCGCUGGGUGCUAUUUGGGUGACCAGUAGGUUCUUCUAUGCCUGGGGAUACUACACUGGAGAACCAGACAAGAGGAUGAAUGGCUCCUUUGGCUACAUUGGAUACUUUGGAGUGAUCCUUAUGUCCAUAUACAUUUCUUUGCAAUUGCUGAGAGUCUUUUAAGGUGGUUUUCAACCCAUAUAGUUAAAGAGUUUAAUGGCUCAUUGCUGGCAAACAUCAAAAAUAAACUUUCCAUACGUAAGUGCUAGUUUCAGCAUAUAUUUUAUAGGUUGGUAAUUUGACAUUAAGGUUUGUUAAUAUUGUUUAAUUAAAAAAAAAAUACUUCAUGUAGCCAAGGAUUAUCAGAAAAAGAAAGAGAUGACUGGAUUUUAGUCUCAUAGAGUGUUAGUGGCGAAAGGGCCAAGCAGUGAGGGUUGAUGGCUCUAUGUGACUUACACAUGAUGCUUAAGUCACAAAUCUUGCUCUGAGGAUACAGUUCUUAUUAAAUGUGGAAGAAAAUGUUAUGUUGACUUCCUCAAGUUUGUUUCAUACAGAAUGAAUAUGAUUUUUCUUUCACAAUAAAAUGCUUUGAUCUCAGUCAUUCAAAUAAUAACGUCAAAGAGAAUAAAAAUAAAUGUUUUUUGUUCUAAUGUUCCUAAUCAUUUAAAUUAGUUAAAUAUUUAGCUACCUUUAGAUGAGUUAAUUUGAAGCCUUUGCUCUGAAGCCUACAAGUUUGCUUUUUUGUUAUGCUUUUCCAUUUUUUUUUUAAUCCAGGCAGUGACUAUUAUUUUAGGCAAGACAAUUUUAUUUGUCUAAACUGAAUUGCCUUUCACCAACAAGGCAAUUCAAAGUGUUUUACAUGAUGAAAACAUUAAACAAAAACACAAUGUAUUGCAGUGGCACAA